GGUCAGGAGUAUAACUUCUUGAAGAUGGAACCAGGAGAGGUGAACUCGCUGGGAGAGCCUUACGACUUCGACAGCAUCAUGCAUUAUGCUAGGAACACCUUCUCACGAGGUAUGUUUCUAGACACCAUCCUCCCAUCUAGAGAUGAGAAUGGGAUCCGUCCUGCCAUUGGACAGAGGACCCGACUCAGUAAAGGAGACAUCUCUCAGGCCAGGAAGCUCUACAGAUGCCCCGCGUGCGGGGAGACCCUACAGGAGUCGACAGGUAACUUCUCAUCGCCCGGUUACCCCAACGGUUACCCCUCGUACACACACUGUGUCUGGAGGGUCUCUGUCACCCCGGGAGAGAAGAUUGUUCUAAACUUUACCACUAUGGACCUGUAUAAGAGCUCUCUCUGUUGGUAUGACUACAUAGAAGUUAGAGAUGGAUACUGGAGGAAGGCCCCACUGCUAGGUAGGUUCUGUGGGGAUCAGGUUCCUGAGGGUCUGGUGUCGUCAGAGAGUCGGAUGUGGAUUGAGUUCCGAAGCAGCAGUAACUGGGUGGGAAAGGGAUUUACAGCUGUUUAUGAAGCUGUCUGUGGAGGAGAGAUCUUGAAGGAUCAGGGCCAGAUUCAGUCCCCUAACUAUCCUGAUGACUACCGUCCAUCUAAAGACUGUGUUUGGAGGAUCACCGUCUCAGAGGGGUACAACGUAGGACUCAGCUUCCAGGCCUUUGAGAUUGAGAGACAUGACAGCUGUGCCUACGACUACCUGGAGGUGCGUGACGGCCCGGCUGAAUCCAGCCCUCUGAUUGGUCGAUUCUGCGGUUACGACAGACCAGAGGAGGUCCGCUCCACCUCACACAACCUCUGGAUGAAGUUCGUCUCCGACGGAACCGUCAACAAGGCCGGCUUCGCUGCCAACUUCUUCAAAGAGGAGGAUGAGUGUUCUAAGCCAGAUAACGGAGGCUGUGAACAGAGGUGUGUCAAUACGCUGGGCAGCUUCAAGUGUGCCUGCGACCCCGGGUACGAGCUGGCCCUGGACAAAAAGAGCUGCGAAGCUGCAUGUGGAGGUCUUCUGUCUAAGCUGAAUGGAACCAUCUCCACUCCCGGCUGGCCCAAGGAGUACCCCCCUAAUAAGAACUGUGUGUGGCAGGUAGUUGCUCCAACCCAGUACAGAAUAUCAAUGCAGUUUGAAUCCUUCGAGCUGGAGGGCAACGAGGUGUGUAAGUAUGACUUUGUGGAGAUGCGUAGCGGCCUAUCGUCAGACAGUAAGCUGCACGGAAAAUACUGCGGUACGGAGGUUCCCGAGGUCAUCACAUCACAGUACAACAACAUGAGAAUAGAGUUCAAGUCUGACAACACCGUGUCCAAGAAGGGCUUCAAGGCUCACUUCUUCUCUGAUCAGGAUGAAUGCAGUAAGGAUAAUGGUGGCUGCCAACAUGACUGUAUAAACACGGUGGGAUCAGGAUCGUAUGCCAGUGUAUCAGGACACGGAUUCAUACUACAUGAGAACAAACAUGACUGCAAAGAAGCUGAGUGUAAGCAUAAGGUCCACAGCCCCAGCGGGACCAUGAACAGCCCCAACUGGCCUGAUAAAUAUCCCAGUAGGAAGGAAUGUACCUGGGACAUCACCACUACACCUGGACACAGAGUCAGACUGUCAUUUAAUGAAUUUGAGAUCGAGCAGCAUCAGGAGUGUGCCUAUGAUCACCUGGAGGCCUUUGACGGGGAGGGUGACUCAGCGGCCAUCUUGGGUCGGCUGUGUGGCAGUAAGAUUCCGGAACCGCUGGUCUCCACGGGUAACAAGAUGUACCUGCGUUUCAUCUCUGACGCCUCGGUUCAGAGGAAAGGAUUCCAGGCCACACACUCCACUGAGUGUGGAGGGAGGUUGAAGGCAGAGACUCGUCAGAAGAACCUCUACUCACACUCCCAGUUUGGAGAUAACAACUACCCUGGCCAUACGGACUGUGAGUGGUUGGUGACGUCAGAGGAGGGUUACGGAAUAGAGUUGACCUUUACGACCUUCGAGGUGGAGGAGGAGGCGGACUGUGGUUAUGACUACAUAGAGCUGUACGAUGGUUAUGACUCUAACUCACACAGACUGGGACGGUUCUGUGGUUCUGGGCCCAGAGAGGAGAUCUACUCUGCGGGUGACGCGGUGUUGAUCCGUUUCCAUAGCGACGACACCAUCAGUAAGAAGGGGUUCCACAUCCGCUACAUCAGCACCCAGUUCCAGCAGAACCUUCACACCAGGAAGUGAUGUCACAACACCCCGACCCCUAGCCUCACUGUGCCGACAAGACAACCACAGGCCCCUUUUCUCCUCUGACUGACAGGCGCCAAAUACACACACACACACACACACACACACACAAACA